AAUUAAUCUUCUAAAAAUACUUCUUAAAUCGUAUGGCAAAAUGAACUAGCCGCGGGUUAAAGUCUGUUUUAAUACUACCAAAUUUUAUCAAUAAAAAUACCUGGACCGGUUUGGCCUCAGUGAUCAAUUUCAAAAGGUUUUUCACAUGACGUAUGAUAAUUAUUUUCUUUCACAAAUCCUCUCUACCGUGUACGUGUAGACAUUUAUAGAAUUUCUAUAUCGACCUGUGAACAGAGGAUCAGCAGCGGAACGGGACGGCUAAUAUUUACAUAUUUCUGAAUGGAUUUAUGUGAUUAAACGCAAAAUAUUCACAAAAUAAGGAUUGUUCUGACAAGCUGCGAUCAUGUCUGACCGGAACAUCCGGCACGUAGAGGACGUGUUUGGAGGAAGAGCGAACGGUGUUGGACCACAUAAGUCACAGAACAUUUUAGACCGGAAAAGUAGCUUUAACAUGUUCAAAAACAAACAGGCUCCAAGACCACCAACAGGUCAGAUGCCUAUGCCUAAAAUCGGUAAUUAUCAGCCAAAAAUUUUGCUGGAAAGAACACCGGGCGGUGGUGAACCCCAAUUGACAAAGCAUGAGCAUAGGGAAAUUAUACACCAUGCACAAGUGCACAAUAAUGCAGCAUCUGCACCAUUAAUAAUGGGUGAUAAGGAUGUACCUCUUCGUAUUGAAAAUGACGUUGAUGAAUUAAAUGAUGACACGCCGGUACCAGCACCCAGACUGAAACGACGCGCACCAACAGCUCCGGAAGUGAAAAACUCUGAACCAGUCAUAAGUAAUCCACUUUUUGGCAGGCCUAUGUCGCAAAGAUCAGACGAAGAAAGAUUUGAAAUGGACUUAGAAGAGCAAGGAGGUGAUAUAGACUUCGGACACGGACUUGACAAUCCAGGAUUUCAUUCCAGAGAAAGAAAAAUCAGUGGAUUGUCACGUGAUAGAAGUGAUAGUGAAGCUUCGUGGAUUGAAGAAGAGCAUCAAAGAAUCCAGCGUGAACACAUGGACAGCAAAAAGGGGAUAACGUAUCCCUAUAUACCACCACCUGAUUAUGAGGAUGAGGAAAUGACAAUGGACUUUGAGGAAGAUUAUGAACCAGUUGCGGAUUAUAAUAGAAACGGCAGCUCUGUUUAUAGAGAACUCGAAGGGGAUGAUUUUGGGAAGUACAUGCAGGAAGACGAUUAUGAGUUCGACGCACCAAACAGACCAUUACGGGGUCCUCCACCUGGGGGUCACGGAGGACAUUUCAUGCAAAACAGGGCCCGACCUGUUCCGAGAACAGCAAAAUCAAACAGAACUAUGGACAAAAAAGUUGCAAAAUCUAAGAAAAAACAUGCACCUAGUGAACCAACUAUGAAAAGAAACACUAUACGCGAUUUUACAUUCUCUGACUCUAAAAUCGGUUGGGGUGAUAGAACUGUGAAAAGUACAUCAGCAAAGGGACGAUACAUCAAACACAAUAAAGACCGUAUGCGUAUUGAUAACGCAGAAACAUUUGGAGAACAAAAAGAUGGUCCGGGCUCGUAUGAGGAGUUCCUAAGGGUAAAAAAUGGACUUCCAUUAGAGAGCCCGAACAGUAGUGACAGUGGUGUAGAUACGGGUGAAGAAAGACACCAUAGAGACAUGUAUCUUCACAGCCAACCAAAACAGAUGAGAAAUGGGAAAUAUGAACACAGGCCAUCAUCAGUGUGGCAAAGACUAACAUGGAAGUUCCGCAAAAAUCCUAAUGCUCAUAGAAUAGAAUCCGAACGAUUGUGAUAAUGUUUGGUUUUUUUAAUGGAAAUUUUCGGCUUUUCGAGCUUCUAUUUUUGGUACGUUGCGUCAUAUGUUAACUAAAAUUUCAACGCGAUAAAUGAUAAGCCCGGCAGUAAAACGUGCUAAAUAUAUCAAUGAGGGAUCAGUUGAAAGAAAUUGUCAACUAUAUGGUUGUUUGACGUGACGUAGUGACUUUUUGUUAGAAUUUUGUGUUCACGUACGUGAAAUUUGUGCUUGACUGGUUACUGGAUUUCGCAGCCUAGAUAGACGAAUAUAUCCACUGUUUUUACGAUGGUUCAAUUUGCAUUGUUUUAAAAGGUAUAGAAAAAGUGAUUUUUUCGAGACCUUCUUUUAAUACAUGUAAAGUGUUGCUACAGAAGGAUUCAGACAAUUGUCUGUUGAUAAUUCUAAGAUCAUCAAUGGUACAUGAUAUUUCUUUAAAAGAUAAGUAACCAAGAUAGAUCUAAAAUGUUAUUUUAGAAGCAACAGAUUCAACAUGUUGAUUUUGCAGGUGUCAACGUUUGAAGAACAGUGCAACAAGAACAUAAUACUCGUGUGUUUUUUGUUUUAUUGAAGCUUGUUGCUCAAUGUAAAGAAAGAGGUUUAAGAGAAAUCCUUGCGAUUAUUUUUGACGGUAUUUAGAUGUUAUCUGCCUGGUUGUAUAACGUCCUGACAUUUAUACAUUCAAUACUUAAUAUAUACUAACAACUUUUUUUCGGUCGAUUAACUUCUUGUAAUGAAUCGAACUGCUAUUAUGUUGUACUUUGUUGACAUAUUAUACAUCUUUAGAGUGUAAACAUUUCGUGGAACCAUGUUAAGCCAUGUUUGCGUAUUUAAGGCAUUUACUAAUUUAUAAUUGUGCUGUAGCACAUUAAUUUGCUAUAUAUGUAAGUCGUUUCACAUUAAGGUAAUACAGUUAAAAGUUUUAAUGGCACAUCUUUCAAUUAAGUAUGUCAUCAAUUGUGCAUUUACCAAUCACGCCAUUGUUUAUUAACUGAUGUACCUGUAAAUGGAGACGUUAAAAAUACUUUUUGCCUGGCUACGCUUGUAAGCCUUCUUCAACAAAAUACAGUAAAUUUUUGUUACUUAAGUAAAUACAGACAGUGCGCAUAUUUAUUCAAUGGAAUCAUUGAGCCAUUGUAUUUACCUAGUAUAUCAUGACGAACUGCACUCAAAGAUCUAAGAUUUUACACGCAUAAUAUUUGAUGAUUAUUUCAGCUGUUUAAACUGCCUUACUCAUAUAAUAUGUUAAUUAUAUAAUAUCAAUUAAUGUGUUCAUAUAGCGGUGUGCCUUGUGUUAAAUUUCAUGCAUCGUUGUACACCGCCGAAAACGUCGCGUAUAUCUGGAAUUGUGUCCGGAGGACAUACUGUUUUUGGUGAAGUUGUUUGUCCCGCCUUAGCUCAGUUUGAGGUCGAGGUCGAGGUCAUACAGUGAGAUCUAUUAUCAAGUAGGCGGUAUUUUGUUUCCGCUCUGCUACUGCUUAUUCUUUCAAAUCAAUUGCAAUGACUAGGCCCAAGUGUUGGGCUGAACGGAUACAUGAAGGGUCAAAAUAGGAAGUAGUCUGGGUGCUCCCUGUACCCUUUUACCACUUCUUAAUGGAUGGCACAAGUGUUUUUUGCCAUAUUGAGACAACGUGUAAUACACAACUUUCAGUCUUAUCUGUGUUCAAGACGAACAUUUCUGUGUUAUAGGCAACCAUUACAUUUCUAUUCACGCUUUCAUUAAAAUCAGUCUAUUGUUUGUAUUUUGUUACAUUAUCAUUUAUGUCUGUGAUAUUAAACCUGGGCAAGUUAAAGAAUAUAAAGUGCUUGUGAAGGAACUUUACCAAUAACUGAAGCAAAAUUUUUAGGCUCGAAGUAAUUUUUCAUGUAAACUUUCAUAAUUACUAUUUCCUGGUACCAGAAAAGUCCUAGACAUGUAUAAGAUAUUUUUAAACUGAACAUAUCUAUUACAAUUAGAUUUGCAAAGUGGAAGCUACGAAAGAGAAACUUUCAUACGGUGUUUUUAAGGAAAUACUUCGGAUAUUUUACAUUGUUUUAAGGUGCGUGUCCCCAAACUUGCGUCAAAUUUUCCAAAAUUGCGAACGUACGUUCAUUUGCUUUUGAGUUUUUAGGAAGAAUCUAUUGAUAAAAAUUUGCAGCGUUUGUAAAAUAUGUAAAAAAUCUACACUUUCUACUGCAUUAGAAAAUGCUGUAAAAUAGUAGGGACAAGUCAUACUUUCAUUUAUUAGUAAACCAGUUGCAAAGAGUUUAAUAAAUUAGGAAGACUGUUGAUACUUGACAUUCUUUUGUCAAACUUGUGAAAAUCCAUUUUUUUGACUGCUUGAGAAAGUGCUGUAAAUUAGUAGGAAUUUUGCUUUAUUUGUCAUGGCUUAUUAGUUUAUGAUUGAACAUUCUGAUAUAAUGUUAAAUCUGAGUCAUGCUCCUUUAAUACUCCUUAUAAUUAAAUAUGGUGUGUUUGUACGUAUGAAAUAAGGAAUUUAAAGUCAUACAUCGUGUAUAUAUAGGGGUUCAACAAAAAUAUUUGUUGCUUUUUUACUAAAAGCAGAAAAAAUGUGUUGCAAAAUAUUUAAAUAUUUCUAUGUUUAUAGUGUAACUUUAUACAUGUACUGUUAUUUUAUAUGACUUGUUAUUGACAUACCUGUAGGAACAGGUAUAUUUAAAAAUAAUUAUUUAGCAAUAAUACAUUUUUUACCAAAUACUAUGUUUAACCCUUCCUGCUGCAUAACUGUUUUGCUCAAUAAUAUGACAAAGUAUUUAUCAAACGAUAUCCUGAUUGGGAGAAAUUACAUUGUACAAGUAACAAAAUGUCUAAUUGGCCAUUUGUAUGUUGCGAAGAGCAAUGAGCUUUAUUUGAUAUCUUAAAAACAUUUGAAAUACAUUCUUUAGUUUAAGGUGGCCGGUUAGAAAUUUUGCUAAAUUGAUAACGUUUCUUUUUGUUUCAUUCGCUCGUUUAUGAGUAUUUAAGUUCUUUGUACUAAAAAGUACAUGAUGUAUAGAAUAAAUUAUAUGAAUGUU